AUGGCGCUCGCGGACGAGGCAAAGCGCGUUGCCGCGCAAUUCGACUUUACUGACGCGGAACUCAACGCGCAUGUGCAAGAGUUCCUCAAGCAAAUGGGCGAAGGGUUGGAGAAGGAUGGUACGAGCAUGUCCCAGAUUCCCACCUACGUGACCGGCGUUCCGAACGGCACAGAGAAAGGGUUGUACUUGGCUGUCGACCUUGGAGGCACCAACUUCCGCGUGUGCUCCGUCACUUUGAAUGGCGACACUACCUUCAACUUGACGUACAACAAGGUGGCGAUACCCAAAGAGCUGAUGGUCACGGAUAAGGCGUCGAAGCUCUUUGCCUUCUUGGCUCUGCAGAUCGAGAACUUCCUCAAGGAGCACCAUGCCGAACAUUUCGAAAGCCAUCGCAGGCGGCGGGCGACUAUCUCCACGGCUAGCGGGUACAAGGAAGAUGAGGUCUUCCACCUAGGUUUCACAUUCAGCUUCCCGGUUCAGCAACGAGCAAUUAACAAGGGCAAUCUGAUGAGAUGGACAAAAGGGUUCGACAUUGACGAUGCUGUCGGCAAGGACGUCUGCGCACUGUUGCAAACAGAGAUUGACAAGCUUAAGCUGCCAGUCAAGGUGGCCGCUUUGGUGAAUGACACCGUCGGCACACUGAUGGCCCGCUCAUAUACCUCUACAGGCGCAAAUCGAUCAACCCUGGGCGCCAUCUUUGGUACCGGGACCAACGGUGCGUACAUUGAAAAGACGAGCAACAUCAAGAAGAAGAUCGAAGGCGAGUACGACGAGUCGACGGGCGAGAUGGUCAUCAACACGGAAUGGGGCUCCUUCGACAACCAGCUCAAUGUCCUGCCCACCACGCCCUGGGAUAAGAAACUGGAUACUCAGAGCGUGAACCCUGGCUUCCAAAUGUUCGAGAAGCGCAUCUCUGGCAUGUUCUUGGGCGAGAUCACCAGGCUGGCCAUACUCGACAUGAUGCAGUCCAAGGACUCUACUCUUUUCAGCGACGACAAUUCCAGCCACAACGACUGGACAACCACGACGACGGUCGCUGGUCAGUCAGGACUCUACAAGCAGUGGGGUCUUGAUACCGCAAUCAUGUCGGUGGCCGCUGCGGACAACACUCCUGAGUUGUCCUCGCUGCGACAAGAGUUGGAGAAGGACUUGAACAUAUACACGCCCUCGCUGGAAGACGCUCAUGCGUUCAAGAUCGUUGCCGAUGCCGUUGCACGUCGCGCCGCCCGGUUGUCUGCCGUGGCCAUUGGCGCCAUUGCCAUCCAGUCUGGUCUGCUCAAGGACCCCGAGGCUGAAGUGAUCGACAUUGGCGUCGACGGGAGUCUCGUCGAGCACUACCCCUUCUUUAGGGACAUGAUCUACGAGGCACUGCGCGCGAUUGACGAGAUUGGCAUCCAGGGUGUCAACAAGAUCCGCAUCGGUGUUGCGAAGGACGGCAGCGGUGUUGGUGCCGCCCUGAUUGCCCUCGUAGCGGCCAAGAUGGACAAGUCCGACGACGUCCCUCUGGCCACAGAGGUCAAGCGCGAGCUAGACUCGAUCCCAGCAGAGACUGGCCUGUCGAACAUGGCCAUGACUGUGGGUGGUCUGGUCGGCGUGGCGGCUGUUGCUGCCCUUUGGUGGAGCAGGCAGCGGUAA